GUGGAGAUGAGAGAUGUUGUAAUGGGAUCCAGCUCCAGCUAAGGUCUCAAUGUUAAGAGGUUUUGAUCCUGGUAGUGGCCAAGCACCUUUGGUUAUCUUUCAGUGCACACCACAGCACUAACAGUGAGUAUGCAAAGAUCUGGCAAAAGCUCCAUUUGCUAUUAACACCUAAUGCACUACCCAGCAUGUUCCAGCCCCCUGAUAGCAGACAGGAUUUUGCAUUUCUGCCCCACCUAAAAAUCACUUAGCUGGAUAAUACUGUCUACAGCUUAGCUAUCAAUAUUUGUAUUCCAUCAGAAAGGCAUUUCUUUUAAUCAUAAUGAUUCCAAGGAAUGCAAAGUUCUGGACUCAGGAAUUUACCCAGGUCAGUGCUCUACAAAACCAAACAUUUUCUCAUUGCCAGCUGGAAAAAAUUUCACAGAUUUCUUUGAGUAUUACAAAAUAACUGCAUUUGCACUGAGCAGGCUUUCCCCCCUCCACCUAGACUUGAAUUGCACAACAUAAAGGCAGCAUAAAAUAUUUGCUCUCUGAUUCCACAUAAAGAACUUCAGCUUUCUCUGGAAACUUAGAGCUCUUUGGAAGACAAACACCCCACAAUGAAGAGCUUUCUGGCUUUCCUUGUUGCAAUGGGCAUCACAGUGACCCUGAGCGAUGCAGGCUGCAAAGCUUCACUUCGAGAACCAGGGUGGCCCUACAGAGGCUGUAUGAGAAAUGGAAAAGUGUAUCCCCUUGGAUAUAUUGAGAGGACAGAAGAUUGCUUCCACUGCUACUGCGAUGAAAGUGGAAUGGAAUGCUGUUCCCUCUCUUUUAAAACCAUUUUUUAUAAGAAAAAUGAAUGUAAACUGCUGUUCAACAAGGAGCGCUGUGACUAUGAUGUGGUGCAGAAGGAUGACCCCUCAACGCCGUGUCGUUCUGACUAUGCUCGUAUGGGCUAACACCUGCUCCAAACCUCUGCGCUGAGGAAUUCCUCUCCUUCCUUCGGGUGCUUUGCCAUCACAGAGAAGCAUAAUGACACAGGAAAAUCUCAUAAAAGUGAGCACUUCAGUAGCUUGUUUUUAACCUCCUAAUUGUCCUAAUUCAGCAUACAAAAUGCAUAAUCAGAUAGAAUGUGUCAUUCUGUCAUUACUGCAUUUGUUGACUAUAAUAAAUUGCGAUGAAACAU